AUGGACAUGACAAGGUGCAUGCUAAAGGAUGCAUGUUUGCCACAGAAGCUGUGGGCCGAAGGAGUAUACACGUUGGUCUAUUUGCAGAAUAGACUGCCAACUAAAGGAGCAGAGCGCACACCAUUUGAACUUUGGCAUGGGAAAGCUCCCAAUCUGUCGCACAUACGUGUGUUUGGAAGUCCGUGUUACUUCCACGUGCCCAAGGAACACAGACACAAGCUUGACUCCAGGGCAAAAGCAGGUAUCCUUGUGGGAUACGCCUCUGGAGGCAAAGGAUACAGAAUUAUGGACUUACAAACUGGUAAGACAAAUGCAUACCAUGCGGUUUAUGUUGAUGAAUAUGGAAAAGUAGACACUAAGAACACUGUUGUGGAUUCUUCAGAUGAGUCAGAAAGGACUCAAGAGUUCGUAUAUUUCCCUUUUGAGACCCCACAAAGUAAUUAUCUGCCUUCCAGUGUUACAGCGCCCCCUACAGGCGACGCACCAGAAGACGCAGAGGACCAGAACCCUGGCGGCACCAGAGACGAAGAUGAGGACUUAGAUGGGGACAUGCCUGCGUUGGAGGAGGAUGAGGAAGCUGAUGCGGUCGCACAACCAGAGGUCAGGAUCUCAUCCAGAACCAACAAAGGUGUCCCACCAUUAUGGUUGUCCUACUUUGCAGGGUCGGCGUUUCCACAGGAACCUUCCACUUGGGAAGAGAUACAGGAGAUGCCAGCUGCAGAAGCCAGUCUCUGGAGGAAGGCCGCGCAGGAGGAGAUGGAUGCACUGCAUCAGAACUAG